AUGCACAUUUUCGAUGAUGAAAUAUUAGGGAAUAUAACAACAAUCAUACAUAAUUCCACUACUUCACUUCCACCUGACGUACCAACUCCACACUCGAUUGGUUACAUAGCUGUAUUAAUAUCAGUGGUUUUCUUCGGUUCAAAUUUUGUGCCCGCAGCCAAAUACCCAAUCGGCGAUGGGCUUUCAUUUCAAUUUUUUCUAUGCUGCGGAAUAUGGAUAACAGGUGUUGUCAUUAAUUUAAUUGUUGGAAGCCCUCCUUUUUUCCCAUUAGUUAUGAUAGGUGGAGUUCUAUGGACAACAGGAAAUGUUCUUUCAGUAUAUGUUAUACAGAUUAAUGGUCUAGGCAUGUCCAUGCUAUUAUGGUGUACGUCGAAUUUAUUUAUGGGAUGGGCAAGCGGACAUUUUGGUUGGUUUGGUUUAAUACCAGAGAAGGUUGAAAAUCCUCUAUUUAAUUAUAUAGGUGUUGCUAUCGCCGUUCUUAGCGGUAUCAUAUUUCUUUUUAUUCGUACUGGAAACAGUCCAGAAACUACUGCAGAACAUCAACCAAUUCUUCAAUCAAAUGAUACAUCUAUAAUAAAUACAUUAAAGGAUGACCCAUUAGAAUUGAAUAGUAGUCCAUCAUCAUCAUCAUCAUCUACACCAAGUAGACGCAUGCGUAUAAUUGGAUAUAUAUUGGCUAUUAUAAGUGGAAUAAUAUUUGGUCUCGUAUUUACUCCGAGUACAUAUAUACAAGAUCAUAGGAAAUAUAAAUAUCCGACAGCAUCAAAAAAUGGCCUUCAUUAUAUAUUUUCAAUGUAUACUGGAAUACUUUUAUCUUCGUUUUUCUAUUAUUCAGUAUAUAUUGUUUGUAAACGUAAUCGUCCACUUAUAUGUAUAGAAAGUAUAUUACCUGCAUUCAUAUCUGGAAUUAUGUGGGGAAUUGCAGAAGCUGGGUUUAUUGUUGCAAAUAGUAUAUUGAGUCAAGCAAUAUCGUAUCCAAUAAUAUCGAUCGGACCAGCAACACUAGCAGUCCUUUGGUCAAUAUUAUAUUUUAAGGAUAUAGUUGGAUUAAGAAAUUAUUUAAUAUUUAUCGCUGGAACUGUAAUUCGAUUAGUGGCUACUGGAUUUAUUAUCUUAUCUAAACCGAUUUCUUCAUGA